AUGCUGUCUUCCAAACCACUCUAUACAGCCAGACAGGCGCUAAGACGCCCUGUACUCCAGUCCCAGGCACACCUGCAGAGAGGCCUUUCUACCUCAUCUGCCCUCUCAAAAGGUACGGCUGGACAUGGGCCAAAGGCACUUCUACUAGACAAGCAGCAGGGCCUGGGAUUUGCAAAGUCAAACGCCCUCCCUCAAAAGCCAAGGAAGAGAGGAGUAACGGAGAUCCGAGGGCCUUAUUAUGCGGUAAUGGGAAAGAGAUACCUCUCUGAUAUAUUUGAGACGUUGAAAGAGUUGAUUGACAUUGCUCAUGAGAACGGUGCUUAUGUCUCGACGUCAACCCAGCAUAAACUAAGUCUAUGCAGAUUCGACGUCGUUGAAUUGUCAGCUGGUUUCCUAUCAAUCCCGGAAGAUGACUGGCUACGACUCAUCGAAAAAGUGCAGUCAUAUGGCCUGAAACCAAAACCAGAGCUGGGAAUCCAGUUCGGUGCCGGAGGAGGCACUGAGCUUGAGGCUAUUGGCACAAGUGACCCAGGAAAACUGAUCAACCUGGGUAAAAAAUUCCUUGAUGCUGGAGUUGAGCGUCUCAUGAUUGAAAGUGAAGGCAUAACUGAAAACGUCACGAACUGGAGGACAGAUGUCGUUUCGCAAAUCAUGAAACAGCUGCCCCAGGAAAAGGUCAUGUUCGAAGCCGCCGACCCGAAAGUGUUUAGUUGGUAUAUUCGUGAAUUCGGCAUCGACGUCAAUCUCUUUGUUGAUAAUUCACAGAUCGUCCAGCUGAGUUGUCUGAGAAGGGGUAUCUGGGGAACUGCAGACACAUGGGGAAAGAUUGUCUCAUAUAGGCCUGACGAUUAA